AUGGCCCAGCAGGUCCCCUUGCAGGAAGGAGGCAGGUGGGUGCUGGCUGAAGCCGGUGGCACUCAGCGACUGCUGGUGAUUGUGGGACUGGGGAACGAGCCACACCUUGGGAAACCUAUUGAGGUUUUGGCUGGCUUUUUUGAGGAAGUUGUCUCUGUCAGCAGAGUGAUGAAGCAAGAGCUCACAGAACAUGGACACCAUGAGCUAGCAUCAGGCUUACUCCAUUCACCAGGACUCAAUCCAGACAGGCAGCCAUCCCAGCUGCGAGAACACCACCGCGCUGCAAUUAAGGUGAUUCGUAGGAUGCAGUAUUUUGUGGCAAAGAAAAAGUUUCAGCAAGCUAGAAAGCCCUAUGAUGUCCGAGAUGUUAUUGAGCAGUAUUCUCAGGGUCACCUCAACCUGAUGGUGCGAAUCAAGGAGUUACAGAGGAGGUUGGACCAAUCUAUAGGGAAGCCAUCUCUUUUUAUCCCCAUCUCAGAAAAAAGCAAAGAUAGAGGGAAUAACACAAUUGGUGCCAGGCUGAACAGAGUGGAGGACAAGGUUACACAAAUGGACCAGAAGCUGAACCUCAUUACAGAUAUGCUGCAUCGUCUGGUUUCCCGUCAGCAGGGGGAUCAAGGGAAUAACCGCUCAGCUCAGAAAGGCAAUAACGUCAAUUCGGCUCUUUUCCUCCCUAAUAACACCCUGCCAACCUACGAGCAACUCACAGUACCAAGAGGAGAUGAAGAUGACAUAUCCUGA